AUGAAUAUGAGAUUGGUAGGAGUAGUCAUCGCGUUUGCAUACGCGUGCCAGUGCAUUGCCAGUAAGGACAUUGAGCACGUGGCGUCUUACAUCCAGAAUCUGCACAGCAUGGGGUAUAACACGAUAUUUUCCUUGUUCGACGUAAAUCGAAGCGCAAGCCCUAAGGAGAUCACGAAAAAGCACUCCAAGCUUAUAAAGGAGUGCUACAUGGCCAAGGUAAAGGGAAAGCCCAUGCCUGUGGGGAAAAACCUUACAGAAGGAGAAGCAAAAAUGAUCAUCGUGAAUGGGUACCAAAUACUCAUGCAGGAGCACCUAAGAAAAGCCUACAACUGGAUACUGGACGAAGCACAUCCGCAGUUUAUGGAGAACUACAAGGCGCGAGCAGGAGCACAGAAGAAAGGCACCUUCUACAUGCCUUCUGUCCUGUCGCUUGGCAUAAGCAUGCUCUUUACCUUUAUCGUGUACGAUGUGCUGAGAGUGUGCAUUUCGUUCUACACAGAGGAGAAGAAAAGAAAAAGUGCGAACAUUCUGAAAAAGCAGAAAAAGAACCAAAAGCCUGCAAAGAUCGAUAUGAAAGAGAUGUAUAUAUACAAAGGAUACGAGAUCUGUCAUAGCAUCUUCAACAGGUUCAAGGGAAGCGAUAAGUCAGUAAAAAGCGAGUAA